AGCCAAAGCACCUUCUUUGCUUGUUCUCGAAUUCAAAAAUCAACGCCCCCCGGAGAAGAUCCUGCAGAUUCUGGAUGUAAUCUGUCGGAUCUCGCUUUCCAAACUGUCAAAGAUAUUUCCUCCCCCACCACCGGAUUCUUAUAUCUCCCCCACACUCCAAAAUGGGUUCACAUUUGAAUAUUGACCCCCCAUCUUGUUCUGUUCUUUCACCCUUUCCUCCUCCUCCCCGUUGUUCCUCGCCGUUGUUCUUGGUCGAUCGCCGAUCGAAAUGGGUGUCACCGCCGCGUCGCAAUUUCAUGUCUUGGCGGUUGAUGACAGUCUCAUCGACAGGAAGCUGAUUGAGAGGCUCCUCAAAACCUCCUCUUAUCAAGUUACUGCAGUUGAUUCUGGAAGUAAGGCUCUGGAGUUUCUGGGCCUGAAUGAGCAGCAGCCCAGAAAUGCCAACGCUACCUCUGUCUCUCCAAGCUAUCAUCAUCAGGAGAUAGAAGUGAAUUUGAUCAUCACAGACUAUUUCAUGCCAGAAAUGACAGGAUAUGAUCUCUUGAGAAAGAUCAAGGAAUCGAAUAGUUACAAGGACGUACCAGUUGUGAUCAUGUCGUCUGAGAAUGUUCCCUCAAGAAUCAGCCAAUGUUUGGAAGAUGGGGCUGAAGAGUUCUUUCUCAAGCCAGUUCAGCUAGCAGAUGUCAACAAGCUUAAACCCCAUCUGUUGAGAGGGAGAUCUAAGGAACACCAUCCCAACAGCGAAAACAGGAAGGACAGGGAAGAGAUCUUAUCACCUGAGAGGACAAGAACAAGAUAUGAUGUCCCUGAAGUGAUUUAGAACUAGACACAGCUAAUGCAGGGCUCUUGUGGUGAACACUCACGGAAAGAAGAAAUUCGGCAUAGUUUUGUUGAGAUGUAGUCUAUGUAGAUACUCUUGUCUUCUCUUUCAAUUAUAGGUCAUACAAACUUUAUUGAGACAGAAUUCUGGUUAGAGAGGAUUCUCUCUAAACAAAACUUUCA